AGAUCAACGAGCAGGCCGCCCUCCACCACCAGCAGCACCUGCAGAUGCAGCAGCAGCAGCAGCAACAGCAACAACAGCAACAGCAGCAGCAACAGCAGCAGCAGCAUCUGCAGAGCGGUCACCAUCAUCAUCAUCACCGAAGCAACAGCAGCAAUAGUUUUGGGGGACCCCAUCCCAGUCACGUCCACUCUGCGCCCACCACCCCACAGCAGCCCUUGCCCGGCCACCACCACCACCAGAGCACCGGGGGCUCCAUGUCUGCAUCCGCACAAGAGUCCUCCACCUAUGGAUACUUUGGCCCCAAUGGCUCAUCCUCCCCCCCAAUGACCAUGCCCACACCCACACCGCGCUCUCACUCUUCGCACUCUCAGCACGGUCAGCGCCGCCCCGCCAGUCUCUACAACAUGGGCAGUCAUGGACAUCUGAUGCAAACUCAGCAGUAUCCACAGAAGCCAGGACAAUUCCAGCCUCAGCAACAUCCACCUUCGUCGUCAUCGUCUGCACACUACGGUCAACAGGGAAGCCUCGGCCACCGCGGUCAUGGUCACAGCCAUUCGAGCUCUUUUUCACAUCCUGCAAGCCCUUACGGCAUGGACAUCAUCCUUCCCACAAACUCGUCUCCGUCCUCUGCCUCGUCCUCACAGAGACCACUGCUCCCACCUCCUAUCACCACGGCACCCUCUCGUAGACAAGGACAGCCCAUGGAGGACUAUGAUGAUUCAAGGCGUCCAAGACACGAGCGCACCAUGUCAGAGGGCCAUCCUGCCGGUUACAUGUCGCCAACAUCCAUGUCGCCCACCUCCCCUCCUCCAGAGCGCUUCAUGGACACACAACAUUAUCGGGACGACCAUGAGGAGGACUCGCCUACGUCUGUCACACAUCCUUCGCCUUUUGCCAAUGGUAGCAGCAGCAAUAAUCCGAAUCGGAACAGCACAUCCCUUGCCUCAUUCGGCCUCAAGGCCAUGAUCAAGGAGCGAUCAGAAGAAGCAGAGCCCAGUAUUAUCUCACGUGAAAGACACUCUUCCAGCGCCUACUACAACAACCCUGCUCAGGCGGCAAAGAACAGACGGUCGUACGACGACGCACUCUAUGACGAGCACCAGCAGCUGAUGCGCGACAGUUUCAACAUGGAGACAAAACUGGUCAUAUCUGAAGAAGAACCAAGACCCGAAUCUGCGAUCGACCUCCUUGCCUAUGCUGCAGCAUAUGUCCAAGAGUCAGAGGAGCACAAAAAGGACGGCAAGGACGGGGAGGAGAAGAGAGACGGUCUCGGACAAUUGAGCUCGAGCAACAAGCGUCAGUCCUUUCACGGCCCGACAGGAUAUCCCAGCAAAGAACCCUUCCAGGAAGAAUCCUCGCGUUAUUCAUCUAGCAGCAUGGCGUGGGAGUCCGGUCCGUCUGCUGGCGGCGCUAAUGAGACCAUGCCAGUUCCCAGACGAAGAGGUGGUGAUGAUGCUCCCUAUGCCCCUCGCCGCCCGCGUCCAGUGACAUAUGGUGGAAGCGGGUUUUUGUACGAUCACCAAGAAAACCAGUUCAUGCCACAGUCGCCUUCUUCGUCAUUGAGCGGCUAUAGCCGUUCCUCUUCCAGCGCCAGUUCGAGGCGACUGAGCAAUCGCAAUUCGAACGAGGUCGGCAGCAGUGGAUUGCUGCUGCAGCGUGGCCUGACACGACCAAGGCGAUCGUCCUCCACAGCAACGGCGGGACUCAUGAACCACAUACCAUCAUCAUCGAUGUCAGUGCUGCCGCCGAUCCUCAGCGAGAACCGGUUAGUGUCUCCGGCGAUGGUGCUUUCACCCCAGUUUGGAGGCUCGCGAUUGACGAGACAGGAUAGCCAUGGCAACAGCUCGCUCAAUGGCACGAGGGAAUCGCCUGGAUCGGAUUCGUACUCGCGCGACUCUUACAACGAUGAUAUGGAGGACAUUGAGGAUGAGGAGACAGAGUUCCAGCGGAUGCGGGCGGCGAAACGACGGAGCGGGAACGCCAACACGUUCUUUAGCAUGGGUGUUAAAUAGAUUUAAAGGUCGAGGUAAUACCAAAAAUCAUCAUUUUACUUUUGUACCAUUACGAGCUCUUCAUCAUCAUUGUCAUCAUCAUUAUUCCAAUAAAGCGUUUAUUACAACGC